AUGGCAAAACGAACGUGGUCCGACUCAAAUCCUGCUGGAACCGCCAGCGCAGAUGCAACAGCGCCUGCAACACCAGCUCGUCCAAAUGGACAUGGAAGAACAACCAGUCGUCAGAGUAUCUCAGGCGCUGUGUCCAAUGACAGUUCUGUCCCUCAGAUCUCUCGCAAGAUCAAGGCAUGUGCGGCAUGUCGGAAGCACAAGAUCAAAUGUCUAAUGGAUGAAAGUGGUCCGCCGUGUCGAAGAUGCUCUGAGAGAAAUUUGGGAUGUGUCUUGAGUAAGAGCUUGCAGACCAUCAUGGAUGAAAAGUCACAGUUCUCCGAGUCUGUGGUCCAAGACCUUGAACAAAUGCACAGCGCUUUAAAGCAAGUCAUGAGUAAACUCAACUUACCAGAACUCCCUCCUCUGCAAAGCAUCAACUCUCGAGACUCUGAAGGGUCACCUCCCAAAGACGAUCACCCACAUAACACGUCAAGCCAUCUAACCGUCUCACAAGAAGAAUUCCGCGGUCCUUCUUGCGACAACUCACCAAAAGCAACACCCGAGGACGAAGGUCUUCCCUAUGUCCCUAUCCACUCUCUCUACACCCUCACCAAGCUCAGCGCUCUUCGAUCGCCCGACAAUCCCGAAGCUCAAAGAGGCAACGCCAUUAAUGACUUUAUCGCGCGCGGUGCGCUUUCGCUAGCAGAUGCAGAGAGUCUAUUCGCGUUGUAUCGUGAUCGCUUGGAUCGAUAUAUGUAUGGAAUCGGCUGUCGAUAUAUGACGCUGGAAGAAGUCCGUCGCAAAAGCCCGAUACUUUCCGCUGCUACUCUCACUGUGGCUGCGCUACAUGAUCCAAAAGCCGAUAAUAUUUAUGGGGUUUGCAGCAGUGAAUUCCGUCGCCUGAUGGAGAAGUCAAUGUUUGAACGACGAAUUGAUCGCGAUUAUCUACGAGCCAUGUGUAUCGCUUCAUAUUGGCUCAGUGAUCUCUCAUGGAUGCUGUCGGGAUAUGCCAUUCGCCGCGCCGCGGAGUGCAAUCUUCACAACAGUUAUAACCAGGCGAUUAAAGAACAGAGCCAAGAGGCAGCGGAUUGUGCGAGGUUAUGGUAUAUUCUUUAUAUCUGCGAUCAACACCUGGCUACUUUGUACGGUCGGCCUUCUAUUGUUCAGGAAGACUCAUCCAUCCAGGGCUGGGAGCAGUUUCUGAAGUCUCCUGUGGCAAAUGAGGAAGACAAGCGACUAACUGGUCAGGUGAUGCUGGUUAGUAUACUACGAAACAUUCGGGAGCUAUUCGGCACAGAUAAAGGCGAGCCUGUGCCGCGAGUCUAUCUGAACCACAUUUUACAGUUCAGACGGCAACUUGAUGAAUGGUACAGUCGGUGGAUGAAGGAUUUGCCAGAACAAUGGACCCAAAUUGGUUCAUUCCCAAGGAAAGGAACAAUCCUUCACUAUAACUUCGCUCAAAUUCACCUCUACUCGCAUAUCUUCCGCGGCCUUGGCGGCGACGCUCCUAUACCACAUUACUUCCUCGACUGCGCAAUGCAAGCCGUCACCGCCGCAACAGCCAUCAUAGACCUCAUAAUCACCGACCCUGAUGUCGCCGCAGGUAUUGUGGGGAUGCCCUCGUACAUGCUCUCCAUGACAGCUUUCGCCUGCAUGUUCCUCAUCAAAGUCGCGGUCAAAUACGGCACCGACUUAAUCGAGCGCCAAAGGGUGCAUGACUUGACGACCAGUCUGGUACGCCAGUUCCGCUCGUUAAAAGCCGGGAAAUGGCAUCUGGCGAAUCUAAUGGCGGGCGGACUGGAGCGUAUGACUGCUACAUUGAUGGCCGUUGAGCCAGGACAAAUCCGACAAGUGCCUAGUGGUAUUGUUUAUAACAACAAUAACAAUGUGGAGAGUGUCGAUAUGGCAGGACAGAUGAUGCCAGGGAAUCAGGUCUACGCUGAUAUGGAUGGUGAUACGUUCUUUGACUAUGACAUGAGUUUUGGUCUGUCGCCUGUGUUUAGGUUCGAUCCUAGCAUGUUCACGAUGGACCCCUCGGGGCAAUCUCUCCCGACGUAUCCAGAGGCGGAUUAUGGCAUGAGACCAUAG